UCCAGCCUACGGAAACUGAUGUUCGUAGGCUCUCCAUUGUCCAUGAUCCAUGAUGAACCGAGGUAGUCUGUCUGAGGAACUAGCCGUGAUUUAGACUAAGGGACAAUGAGUCAAAACUGGUAUCCGAGGCAGCAGGGCGGCGGGCAGUACGGCCAGCCACAGCCUUCACUGCAACAGUCCUGGGGACACCAGCAGAACCAGGCAUGGGUACAGGGAGCUCAGUGGGCGGGGCAACCACACCCCCAACAAACAGGCUUCUAUGGCAACCAGCAGCAGUUUCAGUCUGUUGACCAACCACAGCAACCAUUUCUGGGUGGUGGACAGUUCACUGGUCAACAUCAGUUUGUCCCAGCACCUCAAGAUCGGAGCCAGGGCCCCCCAGUUCCCCAUGGUCCCCCGGUUCCCCAGCCUCAGACACAGUUUCUGACACAGCAGGCAUAUGCUCAGGAGCAUGAGCGCAGGGUAAGGGAGGAGAAGAAGAAGAAGGAGAUGGAACAGCAGAAGAAGAAACUGCAGAGUCUGAGUGUCGCCAAGCCGUCCUCUGGGAUUCAGAGCAUCAAUCUCGACAAUCUCUUCGAGAAACAGCUUCACUUCAGACCCACUCCUCCUCCCUCCAGCACUCCUGGGACCACUCCACCCCAGGCAAAUCCAUCACCACAGUCAUCACAGAAGAAGGAAGGGACCCAACAGAAACAGUCUUCCAAGGCUCUGACCUGGACCAGCAAUGAUUUCACCGGACUCUUUGCCCUGCCCCAGACCCAGGUACCUCUGGAGACACGCGAGAAUGAUAACUUUGGAGAUUUUCAGUCGUCUGGUCUGCAGUCAGGGGAUUUCCAGGCAUUUACUGCAGCUAGUCAGCAGCCUCAAGUCGCCAAUCACGUUCAGCCUGGAAGUCACAUGAUGCAGCCUGGGAAUCACAUGAUGCAGACUGGAAAUCACAUGAUGCAGCCUGGAAAUCACAUGAUGCAGCCUGGAAAUCACAUGAUGCAGACUGGAAAUCACAUGACUCAGGCCGGACAUCAAAUGAUGCAGGCGGCAGGUCAAAUACUGCAACCUGGAAAUCACGGGAUGCAGCCUGGAGGUCAUGUGAUCCAGGGUGGGAGUCACAUGAUCUCGACCACUGCGUACCAUGAGCCUCUCUCGUCAACGAAUGUCCAGCAGGGGACACAGGGGAGCAAGCCUCCGGGGAGUCCACAGAAACAGUGUACAAACUCCUCCCAGUUUCCCUACUCAUCUUAUUCUGCACAGAGCCACUUGACUCAGUCCUUCAACACUCCCGCUACGACCUCGACCCCUGGGAUUAUUGCCCCCCAACAACAGGGGUCGAAUAUCGGAACCCCUCACAUUGGAAAUUCCAGUCCUCCAAGUGUGGACACGUCUUCGUUCCACCCUCUGUACCACAAAGUGUAUCGGUUGUGCUGCAGAGCAGGGGAGGAGCUGGUCAGCACCGAGCUGCUGUACCCGGUCCUGCUGUCGAGCCAGCUGGCGCGGACCCAACUGAGGGAUCUGUGGGGCAGGGCCAACAGGGGUAAGCCAGGUCAGCUGAGUCAGAUGGAGCUGUUUGUUCUACUGGGACUAGUGGGCCUCGCUCAGGCUGGUGUCAAGGACCCAUCUGUGGAGGAUCUGAGGAAGGCACCCUCCAUACCAGUCCCAACUCUCCCAGGACUCUCCGCUCUCUCUCCUACCUCUUCCGUCCCUCCCCCUCUCUCCCCCUCCUCCUCUCUUCAUUCAGGGCCUCCAGAGAAUGUCCCACCUCCUGCCCAGCAAACUCCUCUCCUACAACCUUCCUCUGGUCCCUCUGAAUUGGUCCCCGUGGGAUCUGGAACCCCUAAAUUCGGCCCCUCGUCAGCACUUCCCACGCUCCCCCCAAUUCUGACUGCAGCUAAACUCUCUCCUUCUCCUGCUCCUGAUGUGCCACUGAGUGGCCCCCCACCCCCCUCCUCUCACUUACCAAAAGCAAACCAAACUGGUCCCCAAGACAGACAGCCGCCAGCUGAAGACGAUUUUGGUGACUUUGCUCAGUUCUCGGCCCCACCCACUACCACCCCUCUUCUUUUCCCCUCAACCACUGUCCCAUCUCCCUCUCCUCUCCCUCCUCAACACCUCCCCCAGCAACAAACAGAUGAGAAGAAUGCUCUGUUAUCCUCAGAGAUGGAAGGAUGGGCUGAUUUUGGUGGGUUUUCCGCUGCCCCCUUAUCUACCCCCCAGCCGACAAAUGAUGGAGUUCGGCUACCACAUAACGAACAGGAGCUGCCCAAUAAUCAAAUCCGAGAAAGCCCCCUUCCACAUAAAGUGGCAAAACCGUCUUCGUCGAAAUCGCGAAUGUUUGAAUUUACGUCGAGCGGUCCUCAGGCGAGUGUACCGACCAUUGAUGGCAUGGAGAAAGAUCUCCUGUCCAAACUGACUCCAACACUGCCACGAAAGUCUCCCGCUGCAACUGAAAUAACGGAGAAAAAGAAAGACGAAAAUGAAGAAAAGCCUCCAAAGACAAAGGUUGAGAAGGCGAUGGGAGAGGAAGAGGCAUGGAGGCAGUGUCUGGCCAAGGCAACAGAGGUCCUUGCCACUUGUGUGGGGGUGUUGGGAGAAGUGGAGGAGAAAGAACUGCUGCAGGAGAUUGCUCAGGCCAAGGAGGCUCACAGCACACUUCAUGGUAUUGCCGAAGUGUAUAGAUUUUCCAAGAGAAUAUUUGCAACUCUUUCGACCAAAUACCCAGAAACAGGUAUAUAUAUACAGUACAUACUCAUCCAUUAUAGUUGUGUGUAUCGUUGUCACGUGUCUCUCUCUCUCUUUCUCGUUGGCAGCUGGUUCUGCGGGGGUGGCGCUGAGGACGAGUUGGAGUGAACUAAACUCUCUGCUCCCAGACAACACCAUGGAGGAGGUCUACAAGUCAACCUGCCCCUCGCUGCCUGCCACAGAACCCGACGUGCUCUCAGACACCAUCUCCCACUGCUCACUCUGCCUCAUGAGUAAACGCAUCUCCAUCCCCUCCUCUCUCUCCCUGGACUCCACACCAGAGGACUACGACCUCCCUCUCCUCUUCCACCAGGGACAGACCUGCCACACCCCCUGCGCCAACUUCUGGAGACAUCUCGUGUCUGAGGACGUCCCUCUGUUAGGAUGAACUAAAUUAUUAACAGACUAAAUUGUCUUUCUUGUUUUCCGUGUGUGUGUGUGCCAAUGUUUUCAAUUGGAUUCUGUAUAUUAUGUAAGCUAUGGAUAUAUAUUUUUGAUGUGAUCAAGUGAUGUGUUGCACCUUCCGUGUGUGCGCAUGCGUAACGCGUUUGACCUCGUGUGCACCCGGCGGCGAUGGCGAGCAUUUCGUACAAGCGAGAAGACUGGAACGCCAUAGACCCAGUCAGAGAUAUAAAGUUCCUGGCCGAGUGCAUUCAGAAGGAGGAGGCGCACCUCGCCCGCACCCCCGAGAAGAAAGUCAAGAAUGAUCUCACCCCCGAGUUGGUGGCCAAACUUCUGCCUCCGGAGAUGACGAAUUCAUCUCCCUCGUUGGUACAGGAGCCAAUCCACGGACGCAAGUCCACGCGUAUUCCCAUGAUUCACAUCAUCAUGAGGACCUACACCAGCACCUACCUGGACAGCCCCGAGCGAACGUGGGACGAGAUGCUUCGUAUCCGGCGCUACCUAAUGAUGCACGCUCUCUACAACGGUCUUAAGACGCAGCUGGUUGACCUUGCACCAGUCACUCUCGUCACCGCCGAGACCCCCGACCUCCUCGUGGCUCUCAUUCGUCGUACCAACGAUGGGGAGUUCUCCAAGAUGCCCAGCUACAGAAGUCAACCAAUUGGUUUUGCUGUCACCGAAAUAAUCUGCUGCUUCAUGCACCCGCAGUGCUCGGCCUAUACCAUACUCCUGGAGAAGUUCUUUCGCGAUAUGCCCGGCUGUCCACAGGAGAUUGUUCGAGUGAUGAAUACGCGACCGUGGUACGAGGUUUUUGCCGCCGUUCGGCUCUUCGGGUUUGCCUCCACCCACCCCGCAGCGUGUCUGUGGUUACUCCGACACCCCAAAGCUCUUACCUCGCUACUCCGCUACUCCCACCAGGCUGGGCAGAUCGUGGAGCGACACGUUCAGAAAGAAAAGUUGGCCAACGCGGAUGAUUACUUGAAGGCGGUGUGCCAGCCGGGCGGGAAGAAAGAGAGCUACAUCAAGACCACCAGGGUCAUGGCGACCUACGCAGCCGUCAUGUCGGUGUUGGCUUUCAGCAACAUGACACACCACUUUGGAAACAACUUCGACGAUUUCCGCAUACUUCGCAGAGCCGUGUACGAAUCAGAGCUCCUCCAAAAUUUCAACCAAGCUGCACGAAACGCGAUGCGCUGGCUGACCCCGGGGAGGUUCAUGAGCGGAUUUCUGCAGGGAAUCUACCGCUGCCUCGAAAUGGAGAGAACCUCCAAACUCCUCUUCCUCGACGAUUUCGAGUUUUUCCGGAAACACAAGAUCUCGGCCGGAUGGGAUUCACUCAAGCACUUCAACCACCAGGUGUUCCACACGAGUCACGCGACCUUUCUCCUCUGCCACGCCCUCUCCGCCAAGUACCUCAUCGGAUCCAACUGGGCCACAGCAAUCAUUGCCUAUGUCCUUGAAAACUGCCCUGACAACGUCAGUCGUCCCAUUAUCGAGGCGUGUGGGUAUGAGCUAAUGGACCUGGCCCAUCUCCACGAGCUGAAGGAGCCAAUGGAACUCUCCACUCAGAGCAUCAUUCUGGAAGCCCUCCUGAGAUAUGCCGGCUUCUCCCACAAGCUCUGGGGGAAGGCUGACAGCUUUACCAGUGAGAUGAAACCGGUGAAGAAGAUCCCAGAGUUUUGUGUUGAGGCUGCUAUCUUCUGCCGCAGGGCCAACCUGGAAGACCUCCUCCCUGUGGCUGAGAAACAGCACCGCAUCAAAGUGGCGGAUGAAAUGAAAGAACAAGGCAACACUCUUUUCAAGAAGGGAAAAUUCAAAGAAGCCAUAGACCUGUACACCGAGGCCCUAGCUGUUUGCCCACUCUCGGCUCGCACCAAACAAGCCAUCUACUACAGUAAUCGUGCAGAGUGUUUCCUGAGGGUGAAUGAUCCGCAGCGAGCUCUCCACGACUGCAACAGAGCCCUGUGCCUGGACCACAGCAUGAACGUCAAGGUCCAGUGGAGGAGAUCUCGGGCCUACCAGAGGUUGAAUAUUGACUACCCUGCAUGGCUGGACAUGUAUUGCAUAAAGGAAGAGUGGAAGAGUGACAAGGGAGACACCUCGGGAGUGGACUUCAAGGAACUGGAGGGAGCUCUGAGGGAGAAGGUGUGUAUCGUGGAUAAAGAACAGAACAUUGAUCUGGAGAGAAAGGCUGUUGACUACCUCUAGCUGAAGCCUGAAACUUUCACAAGAAAAUGUGUUUUUGUAUGUUGAGUAUAAUCAGAUCUUAUGUCUCAUGCUGUUGUUGAUGACGGAUCCGCAGUUCUGCAGC